AUGAAGGCCAUUUCCCUGCUCGCCGCUAUUCUGCCCGCUGCAUCAGCAGUGGACUGGACUCUCACCGGGUACGAAUCAGACAACUGCGAUAGCACGACUGCUGUCUAUGAGAACGGAUCUGAUGGAGUAAACUUCACCUGCUAUUCGUUCGGUGAAACGGUUCACAGCGCGGACUUCGAAGGCAACAACUUCUGGUGUUUGUAUCUGUAUGGGGACGGGGGGUGCCAGGAUGAGACCAAGUACCUAGCAACUGGAGCGACGGGCUGCCAAGUCGGCGACUGGGGGAGCUACUCGUUUGCCAUCCCGUCCCAUGGCUUUCCUUGUUAA